AUGUACAGAGUCUUGGCGAGCAGAGGCCUGAGAGCUAAGUCUCUCUUUGACAAAUCCUCGAGCUACCUUGCUUCUUUGACCUCUUCCAGAUUGAAUCAUUCUAUACCUUUUGCUACCGUCGAUGCCGAGGAGAUAUCUGGUGCUCAUCCUGCUGAAGUACAGAGCUUUGUGCAGGGAAAGUGGAUAGGGUCGGCGAACUAUAACACGCUUCUGGAUCCUCUGAAUGGAGAACCCUUCAUUAAAGUUUCUGAAGUGGAGGAAUCAGGAAUUCAGCCAUUUGUUGAGAGUUUAUCACAGUGCCCGAAACAUGGUCUGCAUAACCCUUUCAAAUCUCCAGAGAGAUACCUUUUAUAUGGGGAUAUCUCGACAAAGGCUGCUCAUAUGCUCGCCUUACCUAAGGUAUCUGAUUUCUUCACGAGGUUGAUUCAAAGGGUCGCUCCAAAGAGUUACCAGCAAGCUGCUGGAGAAGUCUUUGUCACACGCAAGUUUUUAGAGAACUUUUGUGGUGAUCAGGUGCGGUUCCUGGCACGGUCUUUUGCAGUACCUGGGAAUCAUCUCGGGCAGCAAAGUCAUGGCUACCGCUGGCCUUAUGGUCCUAUAACGAUUGUUACACCAUUCAAUUUUCCACUUGAGAUUCCACUACUUCAGCUGAUGGGGGCAUUAUACAUGGGUAACAAACCUCUUCUUAAAGUGGACAGCAAGGUGAGCAUUGUAAUGGAGCAAAUGAUGCGGUUGCUUCACUAUUGUGGUUUACCCGUUGAAGAUGUUGACUUUAUAAAUUCCGAUGGCAAGACUAUGAACAAGAUAUUGUUAGAGGCGAAUCCAAGGAUGACCCUCUUCACUGGUAGCUCUAGAGUAGCCGAGAAGUUGGCACUUGACCUUAAGGGUCGUAUCAGAUUGGAAGACGCUGGAUUUGAUUGGAAAGUGUUGGGACCAGAUGUUCAGGAGGUUGAUUAUGUUGCGUGGGUGUGUGAUCAAGAUGCGUACGCGUGCAGUGGACAGAAGUGUUCUGCACAGUCUAUGCUUUUUAUUCACGAGAACUGGUCAAAAACCGGUCUUGUUUCCAAAUUAAAAGAUCUUGCCGGAAGACGCAAACUGGAAGACUUGACCAUUGGUCCUGUCCUUACAUUUACAACUGAGGCUAUGUUGGAGCACAUGGAGAAUCUGCUUCAGAUUCCGGGCUCAAAGCUACUCUUUGGUGGGAAGCCAUUGAAGAAUCAUUCAAUUCCUUCAAUCUAUGGAGCUUUGGAGCCCACUGCGGUUUAUGUUCCCAUUGAAGAAAUCUUGAAGGACAGUAAAACCUACGAGCUCGUCACCAAAGAAAUCUUUGGACCGUUUCAGAUUGUAACGGAGUACAAAAAGGAUCAACUUCCUCUAGUGUUGGAUGCUCUAGAGAGGAUGCACGCUCAUCUAACUGCAGCUGUCGUUUCAAACGAUCCCAUCUUUAUUCAGGCAAAAUCUUUCACCUAUAUUGAUGAAGUGAUAGGGAACUCGGUGAAUGGAACUACAUAUGCAGGACUCAGAGGAAGAACAACAGGAGCUCCUCAGAAUCACUGGUUUGGACCAGCAGGGGACCCGAGAGGAGCAGGGAUAGGGACACCAGAGGCUAUAAAGCUGGUGUGGUCAUGCCACAGAGAGAUCAUCUAUGACUAUGGUCCGAUUCCACAAGGUUGGGAAGUUCCUCCAUCUACUUAA